UUUGUUAACCCCUGGAAGUAUGUCGCGAUAACUUCUGCUCUCUUCAGCACAAAAACCAUCAAUAUUUUCCGAAUUCUGCUCUCCCAUUGGUGAUAUCCGAUAUUGGACAGGAUGGGUGGAGCAGUGAGUGCCGGGAUCAAUAAUGACCAUCUAGUGGACAACCUCAAAGACGCAGAUUACAUCAAAUCAAAUCUUGUUGAAGAUGUCUUCAGAGCUGUGGACAGAGGUGACUACUAUCUGGCAGGACACAAGGACAGUGCCUACAAGGAUCUUGCCUGGAAGCAUGGCAACAUCCACCUGUCAGCUCCUUGUAUCUACUCCGAAGUGAUGGAGGCAUUGAAGCUGGAGCCGGGGCUCUCCUUCCUUAACCUAGGGAGUGGGACGGGCUACCUGAGUACCAUGGUCGGUCUGGUUAUAGGUUCAAGCGGGGUCAACCACGGCAUAGAGAUCCACCAAGACGUGAUUGACUACGCCAAUGAACGUCUGCAACUGUUCCUCGAUAGAUCGCCUUCCGUUGAUCUGUAUGAAUUCUGUGACCCAAUCUUUAUAAAAGGGAACUGUCUCCUGCUGAGCUCUGGCUGUCGGAGCUAUGACAGGGUCUACUGUGGUGCAGCCUGUCCCCCUGAACAUGAGAACUACAUGAAGAAUCUACUCAAGAUGGGCGGAGUCCUGGUGAUGCCUUUAGAAGAUCAGUUGAUUGAAAUAAGGCGCACGGGGCAGAGUAGCUGGAUAACAAAGAACCUGAAGGCGGUGUCCUUUGCUCCCCUCAUACUGCCCUCGUUGGCAGAGGGAGAGAAAUUUCAAGCCUUCCACCCACCUGAUGUCCAGCCUCGUGUCCUCCAAGAUGUCUGCCGUGUUCACAUACGUCGCCACCUGCGCGGCAUCGUGGAGAAGGAGAACCCUCGCAAGCCCCGCCCCAGGGCGCAGCGCAAACCCAGGUCUCAACCUUCGCCUCCCAGGCUCAUGCACAACUGCAUCAUGAUCCGCAGCGUCAACAACAUGCUGGAGCUGGCCGGAGACUUCAUGGUGGAUGGAGAUGAUGAGGAGGAGGAGAGGGAGGAGGAGAGGGAGGAGGAUGCCAUGGACGAAGGAGGAGAUGCAGGUCCGUGGAAUCGCCGUAGGGAUGCGGGACGAUCGCGGGAGGAGGAGGAGUACAGCAACACGCGGAGGGGUCGGAAUCGUGCCCGCUUUGAGCGCUUCAUGACCAACGCUGCGUUCUUCACCCGACACAUGGGCAGCCGUAGGGAGGAGGUGGAAGGAGAAGAAGAGGCGUGGCAUGAUGCGGAUGACGAGAGGGAAAGACCGGAUGAUAAUGGACACGGUGCUAGACCCAGAGAUAGGAGGGACAGGGCAGGAGAGGGGGCAGGAGAGGGGUCAAGAGAGGGGUCAAGAGAGGGGUCAAGUAAAGAAGGAGGUUCACAAAAGACGAGUCAGAAGACUGAUUCAUCCAAAGACAUGGAGGAUAGCGAUGAUGAUAAUAGCGAAAGUCAAAGAAGCGAUCAGAGGGGUAACGGAGCAUUUGGUUUCAGUAUCAAGAGGGCGUUUAGAAACUCCUUCCCGAAAGAGCGCAAACGCCAACACAAUCGUCGAAGUGAAAGUGAACCAAGCGAAAAACAACCUGGCAAAUCAACGGAUGUUACUGAGGAAGUAGAGGAAGUAGAAGAAGAGGAUGAGAGGCAUGAGGAGGUGGUGGAGAGAAAGAACGGAAAGAGCGGUAAUGGACUUGGUAAAUCUAAGCCAGCGCCUCCCGGCCCUAACGGCUCCAAGACGCACGACAAGAGCGAAGUGCAGGACGCAAUGGAGGACGACUCCAAAACGGAAGAAUCAUCGAAAGAUACGACAAUGGCAACCAUAGAUGAUACUGAGAUGGACGCAACAUAUGCUGAAGUGGAGGAGGAUGAGGAUGAUAUCGGAGACGAGCACGAGGAUGAUGAUCUCCUCAGUGAUGCAUCGUCAAGUAGCGGCAUUUCAGACGAAGGCAUCUUCCAACGCCUCAAGAGAGAGAAGGAAGAGGAGGAGGAAUUAGCCAACAAGGACAAACCUGUGGAGCCUAGCUACUUAUCAAUCAAAAUUCAGGAGCUCCCUUUACCCAAGGCACUCCUCAACUUUCUUCUAUACCAUCGUGAAAUCUCAGAGUAAUUCUGAUCCAACGCGUAGUUGCCUAAUGUUAAUUUCUCUACGUUGGGUUGUAAUGACUCUCUGAAGAUGGAUGCCGUUGUCUAGUCUCUCUGUGAGACACUGCAAGUAUCAUCUGCUCGAGGUAGACAUCACCUACUUGAAGGCAGAGCAGUGCAGUGCUCCUUUUGUGCCACCAUGUUAUUGGACAGUUGUCGUGAGUAAACUUCUAAGAGUGAACAAUUUGGACUUCAUAUGUAUGACUUGUAUCAUUCAUAAACUAGACCAUGAAAUAUCGUCCAUAGAUGGAAACUGCACAAUAAAAGGACUUAAAAUUGUUUCUGUUUCCGGGAGGAAAAUGGAAGGCCUCCGGAGUUGACAUGCAUUGUUCAAGCCUCUACCUUUUUGGGCAUUAUCUGCUGCCCACUGCACAUAUGCUUUAAAGCCUGUCUGCACUAGUUUGGCCAGGAGGGAUUAGACCUCC